UUUCCAAGCCGACCAUGAACGCAGCAGCAUAUAAACGAGCAGCGGGCGUCUACAGGAAGUGCCUCCGUCCUCAUCCAAUGAGCGGCGCCGUGCUGGACUCCCACAGCAGCAGGCUGCGCGGCUCCAUGUUGGUUCUGUCUGCUCUCACAAGCACUCUCCUCAGGAUGGAAGUCUACCUGCCGUCACAGUCCCGCGCGCGGACUCAGGUAUGAGGGGAGCCGCCCGGAAAGCCGCGCGACCACGAGCGUUCCCCCCACAGAGACGCGCGUUCCCGAGCUUGGCUUCCCCAGGUUCAAAGGCGCCGACAAAUUAGGUUGAAGACGCACCUGAUGAGAAAGUGGCAUGCGGGGGGAGGAAACAGCAGCUGCACCGAGAUAACCCCACUCUGGCAGUCACCUGACCCAUUAACUGAAAAAAACCUCAGUGGUUGAGCAAAAACUAACUCAUGAAAUCCCUGUAGUUCCUCUUUAAAGUCUAACCCGAAACCUCCGUGCUUUUGUCAGCAAUGUUCACCCUCACUGAAGUUGCAUCCCUGAACGACAUCAAGCCCACGUAUCGCAUCCUAAAACCAUGGUGGGACGUCUUCAUGGACUACCUGGGGUUGGUCAUGCUCAUGCUGGCUAUAUUUGGUACGACCAUGCAGAUCUCCAAGGAUCAAGUGUCCUGUCUUCCAUGUUUGGGACAGCCAGAGGACAUCUCAGGAGCUAAAGCAAACUCCUUCCCCCAGAGGUGCACUGGGAAGGCUGUGUCACCGACACCCACUGGUGAACCCAUCGCAACCACUGGCCCACGGGUCUCCAAGGAUCUCACCAACGAGGCUGUUAAUGAGAUUCACUCGGUUCUACAAACUUCUGCUGAGGCAGAAAAAUAUUCAAAUCAACCUCCACCAACAGGUAUCAAGACCAACCUGGACUUUCAACAGUAUGUCUUUAUCAACCAAAUGUGCUACCAUGUUGCCUUGCCUUGGUACUCCAAAUACUUCCCAUACCUCACACUCAUCCACACCCUCAUUCUCAUGGUCAGUAGCAAUUUCUGGUUCAAAUACCCCAAAACCAGUUCAAAGAUUGAGCAUUUUGUUUCCAUUCUGGGUCGCUGUUUUGAGUCGCCGUGGACGACCAAGGCGUUGUCUGAAACGGCUUGCGAGGACUCGGAGGAGCACAAGCAGAGGCUGACCGGAGCCUCCUCGACUCCACACCAAAUGUCUUUGGAGGAAAACAAUGAAAGCACCAGUCCCAGCCAGUCCACGCCCAUGCUCGGGGUCAAAAUUUCUGCAGACAAGCCUGUUGCAGAAGUGCCAAGCAGCAUGACCAUCCUGGACAAGAAGGAUGGGGAGCAGGCCAAAGCCCUCUUUGAGAAGGUGAGAAAAUUCAGAGUCCAUGUGGAGGACAGCGACUUCAUCUACAAGCUCUAUGUUGCUCAGACUGCUGUCAAAACUGUCAAGUUCAUCUUGAUUUUGUCGUACACUUCCACCUUUUUGGCCGAAAUCAAAUUUCACCACGUUUGUGAACCUGACAUCAAACAACUAACAGGGUACAAGACUUUCUUCUGUACGCACAACAUGGCCUACAUGCUGAGGAAGCUGCUCAUCACCUACGUGGCUCUGAUUCUGAUCUAUGGAAUGACCUGCCUCUACUCUCUGUACUGGGUGUUUCGACGGCCUCUAAAGGAAUACUCUUUUGAGAAGGUCAGGGAGGAGAGCAGCUUUAGCGACAUUCCUGAUGUCAAGAAUGACUUUGCCUUUCUUCUGCACAUGGUCGACCAGUACGAUCAGCUUCAUUCCAAGCGUUUUGGUGUCUUUUUGUCAGAGGUCAGUGAAAACAAGCUGAGGGAGAUCAGCCUCAAUCACGAGUGGACCUUUGAGAAGCUGAGGCAGCUGGUCUUUCGUAAUGCACAAGACCAACAGGAGUUGCAUCUCUUCAUGCUCUCUGGUCUCCCAAAUGCAGUGUUUGACCUGACUGACCUGGAGGUGCUGAAGCUUGAGCUGAUUCCAGAGGUGAGGUUCUCACCAAAGGUCUCCCAGAUGACCACCCUGCGGGAGCUUCAUCUCUGCCACUGUCCGGCCAAGGUGGAUCAGACAGCUUUUGCUUUCCUUCGAGAUCAUCUGCGCUGCCUUCACGUUAAGUUUACCGACGUAGCCGAGAUCCCUCCAUGGGUGUAUCUGCUGAGGAGUCUGAGGGAGCUCAACUUAACUGGAAACUUGAACUCUGAGAACAACAAAAUGAUCGGACUAGAGUCCAUGCGAGAUUUGAGGCAUUUAAAGACAUUGUGCCUGAAGAGCAACCUUACAAAAAUGCCCACAAACAUCACAGAGCUUUCCCCGCACCUGAUCCGUUUAGCGGUUCACAAUGAUGGGACCAAGCUGCUGGUACUGAACAGUUUAAAGAAGAUGACCAGCUUGAUGGAGCUGGAGCUGUACAGCUGCGAGCUGGAGCGAAUCCCCCACGCCGUGUUCAGUUUAACCAAUCUGCAGGAGCUCGACCUGAAGUCCAACAACAUCAGAACCAUAGAGGAGAUCAUUAGUUUCCAGCACCUGAAGAGGCUGACGUGCCUGAAGCUUUGGCACAAUAAAAUCAUCAAUAUUCCAGCAUCCAUCGGCCAGAUCAAAUCCCUGGAGUCUCUGUACCUCUCUCACAACAAGCUGGAGGCCCUGCCCCCAGCCCUGUUCACCCUGCCCAAACUGCGACACUUGGAUGUAAGCCACAACUCCAUCACCAUCCUUCCUCCAGACGUGGGGCUGCUCCCCAACCUGCAGCACCUGGCCAUCAACUCCAACAAGCUGGAGCUGCUGCCCAAGCCUCUGUUCAGGUGCACCAAGCUGAAGGUGCUGUGUCUGGGGCACAACGGGCUGACCACCAUCCCUGAAGCGGUGGGCCAGCUGGUCCAGCUCACUCAGCUGGAGCUGCGGGGAAACUGUCUGGAGAGACUCCCGGCCCAGCUGGGAAGCUGCCGCCUGUUGCACAAAAACGGCCUUAUAGUGGAGGACCACCUGUUUGACACUCUGCCUGUGGAAGUGAAGGAGACCAUCAGCCGAGAGACUAACGUGUCCUUCACCAGCGGCUUAUAGCCCAGAAUGUAACAUGACGACAAACCAAACGAGAACUUUGUUUUUAACAAGCAAGAAAAAAAAACAUUUUGAUUAUUUUAAUGUGUUGUUAGCAGGAUUUCCUGAUUAUUAUAGCGGAAUAGAUUAUAGCGGAAUAGAUUUAGAUCGUUUUUUUUAAAUGCAUGUCGGCUUUUUGCUAGUGUACUGCUUCAUAAAGUCAAAUGGAGAGAAAAGCUAUUUCGCCGUUUUGUUCAGACCACUCGUUUGUGCCGCUGACGGUGUAUUAGACUUCUCAUCACCUUAGUGCUCAGGUAUAAAUGGAACUACAAAAAAUGUUUUGCCUUAACUGCUGCUACUGUUUUUAAAUGACUUUCACUACCAAAGCGCCAAAAAUGAAUGAGACAUUUUCCUGUGUGCUUUUUGUUUUCAUACAGUCCAUUGUAGAGACUGAUUCAAUGCAACCCUUUUUUUUGGUUAAAUGUUCAAAAGAAAACAGGAGAUGUUGUAAAUGAUUUAGAUGAAGAUCGAGAACCAGAAUUAUCAGCUGAAGAUGGCCUGUACCAUUUCACCCAAGUAAAAAUAUAAAGACAUAUUGAAUCUUCUUUUCUGAUCACCUAUGCAGUGAGCAGCCCGACUCCUAAAGGGAUCUCAGUAGGUGGGAUUUUGUGCUUUAAUACUUUGCAUAUGUCUGAAUCUGAUUGAAAGAGCACAGUAAAACCUGCCUUGGUUCUUUGAGUGUUCUUCAGAGUAUCUGUACCACCUCUGUGCUCAAGGUUCACAGAUUUAUGGGACAAUAAAAUACGAUUCCAGAC